AUGACCAAUUCUCGGCCGACGUUGCGGACUGCGAGGAGUGGAAAGUGGUUAUUCGCAAAGGCACUCUACCAUAUGGAGUCCUGCGGCGGCGUUUAUGUCCCCCGUUCCUCUGCGAUGAUAGGCGGGCCAGCGGUUAACGGCGUGCCGUUGAGCGGUCCGCCAGCGCCGGCUCUGGUUCUAAAGUACACCACAAUGCCAUCCUCACACGGCCAGCUGAUUUCUCUUUCCGUUUUACCCCAGGCAGAAGAGCGAAAAUUUUAUCUGGCCACUGGUCGUGCGCGAAGAAGCUCGAUUGCGAGACCAGACAUCCACUGGCGAAGGUCGUCCCUCUUGAUACUAAGCGACGACGACGACCCACCAAGCUGA